UUCGUCUAUUUCCCACUCCACACUACAACUUCAUACAAACCUCAUUCCUUUUCCCUCUCCUCCAAUGGCUUCCUCACCAAUCUCUGCCUUUUCUGUUAUUUUCCUACUUUUUAUCCCUGCAAUCUCCGCCGAUUACGGCGGAGUGCAGUCCGGCCACGCUACCUUCUAUGGCGGUGGAGACGCUUCCGGCACAAUGGGUGGGGCUUGUGGGUAUGGGAAUUUGUACAGUCAAGGAUAUGGGACGAACACGGCGGCGCUGAGUACGGCUCUGUUUAACAAUGGGCUGAGCUGUGGGUCUUGCUAUGAAAUCACUUGCAGCAGUGAUCCCAAAUGGUGUCUUCCUGGAAAAAUCAUUGUCACUGCCACUAAUUUCUGUCCCCCAAACUUGGCUCUCUCCAACAGCAAUGGCGGCUGGUGUAACCCUCCUCUGCAACACUUCGACUUGGCAGAGCCUGCUUUUCUCCAAAUCGCUCAGUACCAUGCCGGGAUUGUCCCUGUCUCCUUCCGAAGAGUAGCAUGCGUGAAGAAGGGAGGGAUAAGGUUGACGAUAAACGGCCAUUCAUACUUCAACUUGGUACUGAUCACCAACGUGGGCGGCGCCGGCGACGUCCACUCGGUGUCAAUCAAAGGGUCCAAAACUGGAUGGCAAGCCAUGUCCAGAAAUUGGGGACAGAACUGGCAGAGCAACAAUUACUUGAACGGACAGAGUCUCUCUUUCCAAAUCACCACCAGCGACGGCCGCACCGUCACCAGCUACAACGCCGUUCCGGCCAACUGGCAGUUCGGCCAGACAUUCGAGGCGGGCCAGUUCUGAAAUAAACUUCACCUAUAAAUUGUGCUCGAGAGAGGGUAAGACAGGGUAGAGUAGGAAGAUCUCCGGCACCGUCGCGACGGUGGCCGGCUAUUGCAGUGGUGGUUGACUCGCACCCGCUAGCUCUUUGGGAUAUCAAAAUACAUAUAUAAAUAUAUAUAGAAAAAUACUGUGUGUAGUAAGAAAAAAAUAGUUAAGCAGUAAGUAGAAACGUGGCAUAUUCCCAUUGGCUAUUUUUAGCAGUGAAUUGUUGACUUAGUCCUCCCAAUUUAUUAAUAUGAGGAUAUUGCAUUACUGUUCUUUUUC